AUGGCUUCAGAAAAACUUAGGAAAGAUGAUCAAGCUACAUCCGAAGUUGAUUAUCCCCAAUUCGAAAAGAAAAGCGGCAAGGGAAAACAGAGGGGAGAAAAGAAAGGAAAAGGAGGUGGUGGUGGUGGAGGAGGAGAUCAGAAAGAUGAACAACUUAGUUUGGAUGAGAUUUCGAAUCUAAGACAAAACGCCCAACAAAAAUCUAUAGAUGCUGUUAAGGGUCUUGAAGAUAGGUAUCAGAAAGCCAAGGAGAAAAUGGGUUCGGAUAAAACGCAACAGGCUACUAAGGAAAUGAAAGGGGCAACCGCCGUUGAGAAACUUGGUGGCUACGUCGGGGAGAAAACCGACACGGCGGUUGGUGUUGCGGCAGAUGUAAAGGACAGAGCAGUGGUGGCCGGAUUGGGUGCGGCACAGUUCACGACGGAGAAGACGGUGGCGGCGACGAAGGCGACUGCUGAUUUGGUAGGGGGGAUGAGUGGGUAUGUGGGAGAGAAGGCGGCGGUGGCGAAAGAUAGUGUGUUGGAUUAUGUCGGGGAGAAGGUAGUUCAGGCGAAGGAUGCGGUGGUGAGUGUGGAGGAGAGUGCGGCGGCGUAUACUGCGAGGAAGAAAGCAGAGGCGGAGAGAAAUAUGGAAGCGAAUAGGAGAGGUGGCGGUGGCGGGGAUGAGGUGGAGGAGGAAGAGAGUCAGGGCGGCGGUGGCGGAUGGGUGGCUGAGGAGAUGAAUGAAGGGGGGAAGAGGGGCGGCGGUGGCGGUGGCGGGGGGAUGCUGCAAGCGAUUGGAGAGACGUUGGUGGAGAUAGCUCAGACGGCGAAGAAUAUGGUGAUCGGCGAGUCUGGAGAAGGAAAGGAUAACAGUUAUGAAUUCAAGUAGUUUUGAU